AUGAACAUCCUGCUAGUCCUGGGUCUCCUGCAGCUGCUGGCUGGACCUGCCCCCACCCUGUCACAGCCGACCCACGAUUACUGGGGGGAGUUUGGAGCCUCUGGGCCCUGCAGCCGCACCUGUGGCACAGGAGUGGCAAUGAGAACCAGGAGAUGUAUCACCUCAAGGACAGAUGGAGGACAUAACUGCAUUGGAUCCUCUAAGACCUUCCGAAGCUGCAAUACACAUGAAUGUCCAAUUGGAUCCAGGAACUUCAGGGAGGAGCAGGGCUCCCAGUUUGACAUACUGGACUUUCAGGGCAAGCAUCACUCAUGGGUACCUUAUUAUGGAGCGUCCAAUCCAUGUGAGCUGAACUGUGUCCCAAGAGGCGAGAACUUCUUCUACCGACACGGACCUGCAGUGGUAGAUGGGACACCUUGCUACGGGGGCCGCACUGACAUCUGUGUGGACGGCAUCUCCAGGCAUGCUGGUUUUGCAUCUCGCACACACCCACGCAGCCGGUCUCCACGGAGAGUGCUCGGCCACCUGGCAACGGAGGGCAUGCCGUACCGCAGCGUGGAGUGCCGGGCCUCGGGACCCCAGCGAGCCCCCGUGUGGUGCGAGAGUCUCACUGCGUCACCCAGCAACCUUCAGGGGCCACAGGGUCAGCAGGCCGGCAAACGUGCGUCCGAGUACGGGACCUCAAGCUUCGGCGUGUGUCCGGUGACCUGUGGAGAAGGCUGGCAGACGAGGGAGGUGAUCCGUGUGGGACUGGGAGGUGAACAUCUGGCUGACCGUACCUGCAGCGGACUGGCGCGACCUCCUUCUGUCAAGGCCUGCCGCAGGGCUGCCCGCCACACGCACAUUACCUGGCAUGUGACUGCCUACGGACUGUGCACUAGAAGCUGUGGUGGUGGUGUGCGGGAGAGGAGGGUUGGCUGUUUUGAUACAGAUUUGAACCCCUACCCCGAGGCCCGGUGUGGAUUAGCCAGCAGACCCGUCUCUGUUGAGGCAUGCAACUCACAGCCAUGCCCUGGAGCGCAGAGUGUCCCAAGUGUACAGGAUCCAAGGGCACAUGAAAGCACCAUGAGAGGAUUUGUGCCCCAUGUUCCGGGAGACUCUUCAGUUUCCAGGCCACAGACAAACAUUGCCUACGAGCCCUACCCUCCUGUGGUUGGCCCUCACUGUGCACAGUCAUUUUAUGGCUGCUGUCCCGAUUGGCCAUACCUCUGCCACCGGACCCAGGAGCGAGGGCUGCUUCCAAGCUGA